UCGCAUCCCAUGGGCACAGAGCAAGAGACUGUUUAGUUUGUAUUUGUCAAAAAUCAAAGCUUAUUGAACAGAAGAAGAAGACGGAAAAGCUGAUUCUUUAUAUCAGAAUUAAGAAGAAAUAGAAAGAUGGAGGAAUUUUCAAAACCAAUUAGGUUAAUGAAUUUUGUGUCGGAGGAACAGUUAGAUCAAGCUAAACAAUCAAGAGGUGAGCGUGUUGAAGACGGCACUGCUCAGAGAGACCGCCCUCUCUACGAGAUUUUAAAGGAGAACAAAGACAAAAAAGAUGCAGAAUUCAAUGAGCGGUUUAAGCAUAGGCCUCCUAAGGCGUUGGAUGAUGAUGAGACGGAGUUCCUUGAUAACUUAGAAAUGUCGAGGAAGGAAUAUGAGCAACAUAUGGCAGAUGAGGAAGCACAGCAACUAAAGAGUUUCCAAGCAGCAGUUGCAGCACAGUCUACCAUGUUUCAUGAAUUGAAGGAAAAGCCAUCUGUACCGGCAGUUCAGGAGCAAAAAGCGACUGAGAAGAAAAAUCCACCUUCUCGCCCAUUAAGUAUGAUUAUAAAGGUCAAACCACAGGCCAAGAAAGCAAAGACAGAACAUGUAUAUGUUGAAUCUUCAGAUAUGAAAAAACCUGAUGUUGAUACAGAAAAAUCUUCAGACCUAGUGAGAACACCUAAUGGUGGUUCUAAUGUGUUACAUGAUGUUGCUAAAACUGGCCUUGUUUCAUACAGUGAUGAAAGUGAAGAUGAUGAUUAGAAUGUAUAGAUCGAUCUAUCAAGGCCAGGAAAAAGGCUGGCUAAAGGAGUUUGCAGAGAGGUGACAACACUGUUAGCAAAAGCUACUGCACCGGCCAACACCAGCAGCCGGUUAGAAACCAAUCUCAUCAACAGUGUGUCCAGUAGUAGCAAAAACGAACCAAUUGAUGGCGGCAUGGAUUGGUGAGGCUUUAAAGGUUAUGUUAGUUGUCAUUGUUAGAAUAUGCUAUUUGCCUUUAUUUUGCAACUGUAAUUAUAGAGCAUACAGACAGAAAUGCGUACGGAUUAUUUGUUGAUUAUCAGUUAUCUCAAUAAAUUAUUAUUCCAUGUGA